AACCGUGAUCUCGGAGCUCCUCUCUCAGAGGUUACUUCCGCUCUCUUCAAGUUAGGAAUUGGGCCCAGCCUCCACUUUUCUCAGGCGGCAGCGGCAUCGGUUCGCGAUGUUCGGCCUGAAGAGAAACGCAGUAAUCGGACUGAACCUCUACUGUGGGGGAGCCGGAUUAGGACAGGGCAGCGGCGCCUCCUCUCCCGGGGGGCGGCUUUUGGCUGCGGGGAAGGAGGCCACGGCGCGGCGAGAGGUAGGGGGAGGGGAAGCCGGCACGGUGAUUGGCGGAAGCGCCGGCCCGAGCCCCCCGGCCACUCUUGCGCCCGACGCCCGGAGGGUCGCGCGGCCCUCGCCCAUUGGCGCCGAGGGCCCCGACGUCACUGCGACCCCCACCAGACUGCUGUUCUUCGCGCCCACACGCCGCGCGUCGCCGCCUGAAGAGAUGGAAUCCCCGAUCUCCGACGCCAUCAUGUCGCCCGAAGAGGAGCUGGACGGGUGCGAGCCAGACCCUCUCGGGAAGCGGCCUGCCGUCCGGUCUUUACCUUUGUUGGUCGGAGAAGCCAGUAACAACAGUCCAGGCUCGGACGGCUCGCUGCCCUCGACGCCGCCCCCAGCAGAGGAGGAGGAGGACGAGUUAUAUCGGCAGUCCCUGGAGAUUAUCUCUCAGUACCUCCGGGAGCAGGCAACCGGCGCCAAGGACGCGAAGCCCCUGGGCGGGUCUGGGGCCACCAGCCGGAAGGCGUUGGAGACCCUGCGCCGAGUCGGGGAUGGGGUGCAGCGCAACCACGAGACGGCUUUCCAAGGCAUGCUUCGGAAACUGGACAUCAAAAACGAAGACGAUGUCAAAUCUUUGUCUCGAGUGAUGGUUCAUGUUUUCAGUGACGGAGUAACAAACUGGGGCAGGAUUGUGACUCUUAUUUCUUUUGGUGCCUUUGUGGCCAAACACUUGAAGAGUAUAAAUCAAGAAAGCUGCAUCGAACCACUAGCAGAAAGCAUCACAGAUGUUCUCGUAAGGUCAAAACGAGACUGGAUAGUCAAACAAAGAGGCUGGGAUGGGUUUGUGGAGUUCUUCCAUGUAGAGGACCUAGAAGGCGGCAUCAGAAAUGUGCUGCUGGCUUUUGCAGGUGUUGCCGGAGUAGGAGCUGGUUUGGCAUAUCUAAUAAGAUAGCCUUUUAAGUGCAAUAAUUGACUCUCCAGCCACCAAAACAGCCACCAAAAUCACCGCUGUGAACUCACAAGUAUUUAUGAAGUUGGCCGUCAUCUAACAAUGGAUAAAACCAAGUGACAGGAAGAUUGUGGCUAACAGGAAUAAAUACAUGAGCAAAGUAAUCUCCCUUGAAGAGUCAGUCUCUGAAAGAAGCUGAGUUCCGUUUCAGCAACAGGCAAACUUUGGGAAGCUAUGGAGAUGGACGUUUUAGUUUUAGUGAAGAUGCUAGAGUGGAGAGACUUUACCUAGAACAGGAAAUUGGCCAGUGGACUGACUAGUCAUAGAUACACCCACUGAAUUCAUAAACUUCUAUAGUGUUAAAAUAGAAGCACUAACAACGCCAGUGGGAUACCUAAAACUGAUUUUAAGCCGCAAGUAAUAGAACUAUGACAAGAAGCCUCAGUACUGUAACGCAGUGUGUGGAGGGAACUUUGUUCACUGUGGUUAGCUUUCCCAGGUGUGAUUCUUCAAUAGACCAAAUGCUCAGGAUGUUUAUACCUGUUCUGCUUUGGCUGGGUUUGAGGAAUUCUUUGCCUAAUGUCAUGGCCAAGAAUACUGAAAGUUGGAAUAGAAUUACAAAUUUGGAAUGUUGAGUUUUGAAAAACUUGUAUUGGUCUGUAAAAAUUUAUAUUUUUGCAGACUGGUGUUAACUUGUUUCUUACAGCUUUUCUAAUCUUUGUUCUAGUCAAUACUAGAUUGUAUACAGAACCAGCUGAUGUAAUUGUAUGCAACCUGGUGUAGUACAACAAUUCUGAUAACUAUGCAGGCUUUAAUUUUCCUAUCUUGAUUUGGGUAUUUCUUAAACUGCUGUUUGGGGGUUUUUUGUUUUUUUAACCUGGGACUGAGAAAUUAAUGGAAAUUAAUCCUUUCACUUUGUUAGACCUGGGUUUUCAAUAAUCGAGUCAAGGUUUUAAGGUUUCUUUUGGGGGGUGGAACACACAGGCUGAUGACUCUCAGAUGAUGGGCUCUGAUUGGGCAACUACUUAUUUUCAGUUCCUUUCAUUUGACCUAAUUUAACUGGUGCAAUUUAAACUGAGUUCAUGAGCUCAUCUUCAAAGCUUUUGCUAAAAGAUUUUCAGCUGUUCCAAAUGGGACUUCUUAGGAGUAUGUAUAAAAAGAUCACAUCAGAUGGAUGAGAGACACUUGACCCCUAUUUGCUUAAUAAAUUGUACAAUAAUGGCUUGGCAAAGCAAGCUAUAGUCUAACCAUGGUGCUAUUAUUAGGCUUGCUUGUUAAACACAGGUCUAAGCCUAGCGUCUGAAUAAAACAAAUACUUAACUUCAUUUUUAUUAAUGAUUCUUGAACUUUGUUUCAGAUUUUUACAUUGGCAUCUCUAUAGGUUUCAGACUUGAUGUUCUAUCUAACUUACUGUUUAUUUCCUAUUCUUCCUUAAAAUAUUUGCUGCUUAUUCUGCUCCCUCCACACAUAUUUAUAUUAGUCCCUACAAAUUUACCUUGCCAUUCCUGAACUCUUACUAGCCCUUUUAGUUUUUGGCAUUAGGAACCUAAGUGACCGCCCACGGAGUCCACCGACCUUCCUCAUUUUUGAAUUUUAUCUUAGGAGAUGGCAGUACAGUGGAUGCUGACAGUAACAGUCAUGAGGUGAGAAGAGUCCCUUCUUGUACUAGUAUCUUAUUGGUUGUUGCUUAACUCUGGGGAGAAAUUUUCAAAAGUCCCCUUAGGGGAUUUCAGAGAAGGGGACAACUUCUUAGGUGAUUUUUCUUUAGGUACCUUUGCAUUUGAAUAUGCUCACUUAAAAUUGAUGGGUUCUGUUAAACCUCAAAGUUAUAUAAAAGUUACUAGUAAACAGAAGAAAACUAUAGUGGAACCAGGAUCAUUUGAAAACUUCAACCUCUGAAUGUGACCUUUAGUUUGUGGACUCCAGACAAAAAUAGACAUGAAGAAAAUGACUAAGAAUGUAAUAAGGGAACAAUUGCCCUGCCUGCCCAUCUCUAAGCCUUAAGGUCAUCUAGCUAGAGCUAUUUUUUUAAUCUGUGUAUUUAUCAUUGUUGAUCAGAAAUCACUUAUUUAUAUCACGUCUAUCUCUAAGGACCUAAAAGCACUUUAUAUAGUUAAUUAAUCUUAAGAUCUAGUUAAGGUGACUGAAAGGCCUGUCUCCCCAUAGCCAGUUGUGAAAAUAAGCACAGAGAUGUAAAUUGAUGGAAUUUAGGGGUCCCAUUUCCACUUUACUAGGUAUAAGUGCUGAAAUGUAAAGGAGUAUCUAAAAUUGAUAUUUUGGUCAGCAGCUGGUGAUAAGGGUUUAGGGAGCCCAAGUGCUUUGGGGCAAGGUGAGUGCUUCCGUAAGGAGAAGAGGCAUAUGUUGUAAGUGUUGACCAGCUGCCGUAGUGCAGGCAAAUCCUCCACAAUGGAAAGGGAGGGGCUGCUUGGAAAGAUGGCUCUCAACAACUUCUGUCUGAUGCUUCUCUCAGGGAAAAUCCUGCAGUCCUUUAGUGUUGUCUGUGUACAUUCUGUUGGGGGUGAACACCUUGGUUCUGGUUAGAACAGCUAAUGCUGUCGACAGCUGUGCCAAGAAGGGUUAGGACCAACAAACUAGGCUAUAAAAUGUAGUGUGUUUCCCUAACUUCCUGUUUUUCCUGAGAAGAAAAUAAAUAUUUUAUUCAAAUGCAA